GUGGCGCGCUCCUGGGGCAUGGCGCUGGAGACGGGCCUGCCUAGCGCCGCGGUGGUGCAGGAAUGCUGGCUUGGGGCGCAAGGCUUGCUCGACCUUCGCCGCCCCUGGGGGCAGUGCCGCGACCCUGCGCAGGCAUGCGUGCUGGCGCUGAGGCGGGUCGGCAUCGAGAUGGUGGCCUUCAAUGCCGUCAUUGACUGGCAGGCGCGCGUCCUCUCGCUGGAGUUCUACUCGCCUGGCAUGCUGGUGCAGGUGGCGCGGGAGUCGGCGAUGCUGGCCUCGGACGUGCUCGCGCUGAAGCGGCUGCGCGGGCCAGGAGCCUGGGCAUGGCCAGUGCACUGGAAGGGGCUGGAGCGCCCCCUCCACGCGCGCCGCCGCCCCGUGGGGCAGGACGGCGCCGAGGCCGCUGAAGGCGCAGGCUGCCAGGAGCCCGCGCCGCCGCCGCCGCUCUGGCAGGCCCGCCGCAGGCGAGCGCUCGCAGCGGUCCUUGGCGGCUCCCACUGGCCGCAGGAGCGCCUCUGGAAGGAGGGCAAGGCGCGCGACGGCCUGUGCCGCCUCUGCGGAGGCCGCGGCACGCUGUGGCACAGGGCCUUCGAGUGCCAGGCCUGGCAGAUGCUGCGGCGGGAUGCGUGCUCGCGGGAGCUGCUGGAGGGGGCGCGGCUGGUGGCGCAGCGCGGGGGCGCUGCGGCGGAGCUCUUCGCGCGGGCGCUGUGCCCUGACCCCGCCCUGGCCUUCCCUGCGACGGCCGACGCCGCGCUCGCGGCCCCGCGCUGGUUUGGAGUGCCGCCUGGCUCAAAGUUCGAGGGCAGGGUCUUCGUGGAUGGCAGCGCCAGGUUUCCUGCGCUGCGCGGGGCCCGCCGCGCAGGCUGGGCGGUCGUGCAGAUCGGCCUCAGCGGGGAGGUCAUUGGCGGGAUGCACGGCAUCGUCCCGCGGGCGUACGGGCCCAAGCAGGAGGCCAGGGGCGGCGAGGACUACGCGUUCCACGUGCUGGUCUUCUGCGACUGCGCGGGCACGGUCGGCUUGGCGCUCUCGCAGGGCAGGGCCCUCGCGCCACUGCAGGCGCGCCGCCACCUCUGGCAGGCGUGGUGGGCCGGGCCAGGCCCGACGGCCACGGUGCGGAAGGUCAAGGCGCACAAGGAGCUCUCGGCAGCUGCCACCUGGGAGGAGGAGCUCCUGAUCAAGGGCAACAGGGCAGCCGACCUGUGGGCCAAGCGAGGCGCGGCGCUGUGGCCGAUCGACGAGGAGCUGGUCUGGUUCCUCCAGGCGUGUGCCUGGCGCGUGGAGGAGCUUGGGCGCUGGGUUGGCGAGCUGGCCGCCACCAUGGUGGACCGAGAGCAGCUGGACUCAGACGGGGUCGUGGGCACGGCCGACCUCGUCUACGACAUCCCGCAGGAGGCGCUGGGCGCGGCGGAGCAGGCCGACGCGGAGGUGGCGGCGCUGGCGCUCGAGGCCGACCUCGAGCGCGGCCAGGCGCCUGGCGCCGCUGCUGGGGCUGCUGCUGGAGAGGUGCAUGGCCAGGCGCCCGCCGCAGCCGCGGCUGCCGAGCUGGCAGAGGCGGCUGUGGCCGCUCCCGAGCUGAAGGCCGCGAUUGCAGGAGCUGGUGUGGCGCGGGAGGUUCGUGGGCACUGCAUCGUCGUCUCGCGCCUCGAGAAUGGCGAUGGGGCCGUGGCCUGGUGCGUGAAGUGUGGUUGCCGAUUCUGGAAGCGGUCCCCGCCUGCUGGGACUGGCCUGCUGGGCUGCUGCAAGGGACGGCCAGCCCCUGGCGAAAGGGCGGCGGAUGCACGGCGGCUCCUGAUGCGCCUCCAGGAGCCCAAGAGCAAGGCCCGGCUCUCGGCCCCGCAGCCGCCCACGCUGGAGGAGCAGGCGCGACUCGUGGCGGUGCUCCGCGACGGCGCAGACGGCGAGGCAGGCGCGGGCGCUCCCGCUGGUGCAGGGAGGCCGCCGCGCUGGGGGCUGCGGCCAGUCGUGGCGGACGCCUGGCAGGCGGCGGAGCUCCACGGCUUCGCCUCGCCCGCUGCAGCGGCCUGCUGGGCGAGGGCCCGAGUGGCGGCGGGCAGGGAGUCGCCCUUCGGCGACGGUGGCGCGGACU